UAGUUUUCAGGUGACUAACUAACUACCAAGGCAGCUCUAAGGGAACCCCACGAGGCCAUAUAAAAGGUGGACAAUACUCCUUCACCCUCAUUCACUGAUCUACAACGCUCUCACCACCAACAAAGAAGAAAUCAAGCCAAAUAUUUCAAAAUGAAGACCUGCAUUUUAGCCGUCGUGGUUACCCUUGGGGUUGCCGUUUCUGCCCAGUACCACGGAGGGUAUGGGGGUUAUGAGGGUCAUGGUCAUGCAGGUCACGGGUAUCACGCGUACGCCGCUCCAGUCAAACAUGUCGAUUAUUAUGCAUACCCCAAAUAUCAAUACUCGUAUGGAGUGAAGGAUUAUCACACCGGGGAUGUUAAAUCGGCUCAUGAAACCCGAGAUGGUGGUGUUGUGAAGGGAAGUUACAGUCUUUUACAACCCGACGGUGUCUACAGAACCGUUAACUACGUCGCUGACCCCGUUCACGGUUUUCAAGCGGAAGUCGUCAACAGCCCAGCCCCUGCAGUUCACGCGGUCAAGAAGGUCGUCGCCGCACCCAUCGUCCACCACGGACACGGAUACGGUGGACACGGAUACUAUUAAAAAAUCUGCAAAAAUCUGCAAAUAUUAACAUCCACAUUUUAAAGGAGGGGUUCACUUCUUGUUGAAAAUGUUCAGCAAAUAAUUUAACAUCAAGCAACAGAGACUUUUAUUUCCACAUAUUUGACUCUCUCGUCCGGGGAUUGAUACGCAACCAAGAAUUUGACAGGGAUGAAACAUGCAUGCAAUUUGUUAUCCACCAAUUACACUUAUUUCCAUACACUUAGCGUUUUUACAGAGUAUUUUUGUAUGCAAAGUUUAUUUACAGUUUAUUUUUCAACUUUUUUCACUCUUGUUUCACUAAAACUUUCCUGUAAACGUGUAAGUCUGGUCUGUUGCCAUCUUAAAAAGUCUGUCUUCCGGUGAAAACCUACUUUCUUCCAAGAUGCCAAAGAUUUCUAGCUUGUAGAUAAGAACAGAAUGGUGCUAUUUUUCUUCGCAGAGUUUAUGUUCAGUAUUUCUACCCGACUUUAAUAGUCUUGUUACAGUCUGUGACCUAAAACCUAGUCUGUGAUAACCUCUUAUCUUAACGUUCUUACUUUACCUUAUCUUUUUACUCGUUACUUAAUCUAAAACUGAGCUAUUUUUUCUAUGCUCUUCUCUCGAUUUCUCAAUGUUCCUCCCUCAACUUUUCCGUCUUCUUCUCCUUUACAAAACGAAACGAACCAUGAAUAAAAACGGAAUUACGUAACAAAACAAA